CUUGUUCAAACAGGAAGCAGAGUUGUGAUGUGGCCAACAUGCGAUGAAACAGAAAUGGAUGUGCAAGUAUUUUCUCUUAUAACCAUCGCUUUACUGUUUUAAAAGUAUUAUUUGAAGAAUGAAAGGCUCCGGGUAUCAUCUUGCUAUUUGUCUUUUGUUGACGUGGCCAAAUUUGUGCACGACAGAACGAGUUGAGAGACAAGAAUCGUUGUUAGAUUUGCACGACAGAGACGAUGUUGGAUUGGAACAGGAUCAUACAAUUAUCCCCGAUGACAACAAAAAAUCCUCGAGAAACGAAGGAAAUAUAGUUUCUGCCAACCCUCAUCCAGACGGCCACGCAGAGCAAUCAACCAGCCUGUUAAAUGACACAGAUAACUCCAGUAAUGACACCCUCCACGCUACCACUGUGGGUGUCAAGGCAACCCCUAAGCCAACCCCGAAGCCCAUCCUGCCAGGUGCUGGGGUCAAGGCCCAGGAGGAGGAGCAGUCUAGUGGGAUGACCAUAUUCUUCAGCCUACUGGUAAUCGGUAUCUGCAUCAUAUUGGUGCACCUGCUUAUUAAGUUCAAACUACAUUUUCUGCCGGAGAGUGUGGCUGUUGUGUCCUUAGGGAUCCUGAUGGGAGGCUUCAUAAAGAUCAUUGAGUUUCAUGAGCUAGCUAAUUGGAAGGAAGAGGAGAUGUUUCGUCCCAACAUGUUCUUCCUCCUGCUCCUGCCGCCCAUCAUCUUCGAAUCAGGAUACUCUCUACAUAAGGGUAACUUCUUCCAGAACAUUGGUUCCAUCACACUGUUUGCUGUCAUUGGGACAGCCAUCUCUGCCUUCAUCGUAGGAGGAGGGAUCUACUUCCUGGGACAGGCUGAUGUGAUCUACAAGAUGAGUAUGACUGACAGCUUUGCGUUUGGUUCUCUGAUCUCGGCUGUGGACCCCGUAGCAACCAUCGCCAUCUUCAAUGCUCUCAACGUGGACCCUGUCCUCAACAUGCUGGUGUUUGGAGAGAGCAUCCUCAACGAUGCUGUCUCUAUCGUACUCACCAAUACGGCCGAGGGCUUUGCCCGGGAUGAUAACUCCAUGGUAACGGGCUGGGAGACAUUCCUCCAGGCGUUGGGAUACUUCCUCAAGAUGUUCUUCGGUUCCGCUGCCCUCGGAACCCUCACCGGACUCAUAUCUGCCAUUUUCCUGAAACACUUUGACCUGAGGAAGACUCCGUCUUUAGAGUUUGGCAUGAUGAUCAUCUUUGCCUACCUGCCCUACGGCCUGGCAGAGGGCAUUAAACUCUCUGGUAUCAUGUCUAUCCUGUUUUCGGGGAUCGUGAUGUCACACUACACCCAUCACAACCUGUCUCCUGUCACUCAGAUCCUAAUGCAGCAGACCCUCCGCUCGGUGGCCUUCAUGUGUGAGACUUGCGUGUUUGCUUUCCUGGGUCUCUCCAUCUUCAGCUUCCCUCACAAGUUUGAGCUUUCCUUCGUCAUCUGGUGUAUAGUGUUGGUGUUAGUAGGUCGGGCCGUGAACAUUUUCCCGCUCUCCUACCUGCUCAACUUCUUCAGAGAUCACAAGAUCACGCCCAAGAUGAUGUUCAUCAUGUGGUUCAGUGGUCUGAGAGGUGCCAUCCCCUAUGCCCUGAGUCUUCAUCUUGGUCUAGAGCCAAUAGAGAAGCGCCAGUUGAUUGGCACCACCACCAUCAUCAUUGUCCUCUUCACCAUCCUCCUCCUCGGCAGUGGGACCAUGCCCCUCAUUCGCAUCAUGGACAACGAGGAGAGCCAAUCCCGACGCAAGAGCAAGAAGGACAUCAACCUCAGCAAGACUGAGAAAAUGGGUAAUGCUUUAGAGUUGGAGCACCUGUCUGAGUUGACAGAGGAGGAGUAUGAGGCUCAGAUCUACCAGAGACGGGACCUGAAGGGCUUCAUGUGGCUGGAUGCUAAAUACCUCAACCCAUUCUUCACACGACGACUCACACAGGAGGACCUCCUGCAUGGUCGGAUCCAGAUGAAAACUCUGACCAAUAAGUGGUACGAGGAGGUCCGACAGGGCCCGUCUGGUUCUGAGGACGUUGAAGACGAGAAUGAGCUACUCUGAACCCAACACACACGCACCUGAGUGUUGAUGAAUGGGCGGGAAGAUGAACCGAGCGUGUGUCCUGGAUUCAGAGUGUGUAUGAAAUGACAGGAGACUGCAGAGAGGAACGCUUGUGGAGGAAAACCACUUGAUUCUGUUUCUUCCUUACAUGUGUCACCUGUGUGUUCUUGACCACUAAUCCCCCCUCUUCACACCACUACCACUCCACUACACUGGAGCACACUAUUUGAUUUGAGCCAAUCCAAAAUGCUCUGUCUGUGAUGUCUGACAAACUGGGUGAAACUGGGAACUGGCGAUCACACAUGAAUUUGCCAUUAUACCAUGUAAUGAUAGUAAAAUAGUUUUGACGAUGAGGCUUUUCCAUGUGCCAGCAUGUUACUACUCAGCUCUACACAGUAACUACAGAUAAGGUACAUGGAACAUUGAUUGAAUCGUGGCUAAAGGAUAGUGGCCAAAUUCUGACCCAUGUGUGUCUAUGUAGUUACAUUACUUUUCCCAAGAAAACAGAUUCUAUGUAACUCCAUUUUAUUUGAGAGGUUUAGAGGACACGAGUUAGAAAAGCAGGUUGAAGGGAAUCAGAAAGCAACUCCUGUGAAGAGAGAAGCCUCUAGUGAAGCAAUAUUGGAGUUACCGUUUAGUUCACCUUUCAAUGUGCUUUUACAUAUAUUGAUAACUAGAUGUUCUGGUAACACAAUUUGAAUGUUUGCUUUAUAAACUACUUAUAAGCAUUAUUGCAAGAAUAUAUAUUUUUUGUAUGAUACCAGGUAAUAUUAUAACAUUAUGUAGUUAUGAUUAUUUGAUUAUAAUUGUGAUAGUAGUUGAAAACAGUUUAUAAGCAGGAUCUUUAAUAAGGCGAUAUCAGAGUUAUUUUUUUUCAUGUGAAUCACUUUAUGAUGGAGACAAGGCACCAAUGAAUGUCUGUGUGACGGGGGUGGAGGUCUUGUUUAGUUGUUUAUUUAUCUUUUAUAUUUAAUUUGUUGCAGGGAUGAAGGCUUUUCUGUAAACUCUUGUUGCACUGCUGAAUAACACGAUGAUGAGGAUCAUGAGAGAAUGUGGUAUUUUUAAUUUGAAAGGAAUUGGCUUGGAGUUAUACAUAAUACAGACAUGGCAUGUGAUUCAUUCUUGGCUUUAGUUAUUCCUCACGCCUAUCCAACUCUCUCAGAUCAACGUGAAGUGCCUAGCCGUAGGGGUGAGGGGUCGAUUUGGAGUCAGGUAGAAAUGUAUAAUGAAGAUUUGUUCAAAGAUGUUUAAUGUUCAAAGAUACAUCACUUUCUAAAAGUGAACAUGCUACAUUUGACUUUGAUCGUACACACGCACAUGCUCGCUCUCUCUCUGAUCAAUCUUAAGCUGCUUAAGUUUCCUAUCCUAUGACCCAAGUAACAUAAUCCGACCAAUGAUAUGAUUGCUUUUACGAGGACGACCCCAGGCAUUACUCUGGGAUAGGCAUAAAUCCAGUUUAUUUGAUCAUAUUCAUGGAAGGCAGAAGUUGUUUUAUGUUCAGAUAUGUUUUUGUCAGUUUCAUGCAAAGGAAUAUAAAGAACCCUGCCUCUUCUGUA